CCGAGCCGUCGACGUCACACGUCGUUAGUACUCUGCACGGUGAGGAACUCUGGCGUACCACCUGUUAUCCCAGGACGAAACCGCUCGGUUAUCAUUCACGCACGAGAAAAAAAUAUAUAAAUCGUAGUCUAUCGAGUCUCGAGUGAAGAGGACCUCGAGGUAUAUCGCUGUGUGCCCACGGAACACCGGAAGUUGCUUCGUCAGGAUCGCGGCUCGAUAAGGUCUCGAGGGAAGGUCCUCGAUUUGACGUGCCUGCCGCGUUUCCCCAAGGAAUCAACCCAUAUUCGAGUUUGUUUCGAGGAAGAGAUUUCUCUGUGAAGAAGACAAUUUCUCAGCGACGACGCUGUCAACGGCUACGACCUUGUAACUCGAAAGAUAGUUCCUGUUAAAAACAUGGUCUUUAUCAAGGUUCUAGUGCCCAUUUUUCUAGUGACCAUAACUAAAGGACAACCACUAUCAUACACCACUUAUGAUGAAAGGGAAUUGUCUCAGGAACGUCCGCCAUUUUUGCUACUGCUGAAUCAUCGUAUUCCGGAUUUGGAGAAUGAAAUGUUUGACUCGAGUAACGAUCCUGGAUCAACGGUGGUCCGGACCAAGCGAAUUGGAUCCUUGUCGAUCGUGAACUCCCUGGACGUGCUACGUCAGAGGGUCCUUCUUGAACUGGCUCGACGCAAGGCGAUGCAAGAUCAGCAACAGGUCAAUGCCAAUCGUCGUUUGCUGGAUGUAAUUGGUAAAAGGUCGUUGCCUCUGUUCACCAAUGACGUAUCCAAACCCAUGACGAGAACGAGGAACGGGAUCGAAUACGCGAUCGAACAAGAGGAGAAGAAUCAUGAUCGAAGUAUCACACCAGACAAAGUCCCCGAAAGACUAGACGACUGGUUCCAAAUAGACGAUCCUGCUUUUCGAGAAAGACAUGACGAUCAAACACGAAGGGUGCAGACAAACGAUUUGCGUUUACUCUAAUCAACUUGAAGAACAAAAUGGAAUCACAAUCAACUCUCGCUAUUACGGUUUUUUAAAUAACAAGCCGAUUACCAUAUAAUUUAUGUAUUAUUCGUCAUAUUCCUCAUGUUUUACCAUAGACCCAUACAUUUUACAUACAUACCUGCAAAUUACUCGCAUACCGAACACGGAGUAACGUGUGCCUCAUAGUCUGCAAUAGCUCAGGAAAUUUAAGAAACUCUAAAAAUGUUUCAGUAUUUCUUUCUGAAUUCUCACUCAACUAGAAAAGGGAAAAAAUAAAAACAACAAAACAAAGAUGGCUUUCCUACGUUUAAGAGCUCAUGGUAAGAGUUUAUUAUAUCAAGUCAUCUUAUAUUGCAGUUCAAACUCCGUAUUGUAUUUAUUUUUUGAUUUUUUCCUUUUCAAUAACGCAGAAUCCUGAAACAGAACAGUAUUAUAUGUUGUGAUCUCUUCAAGUCUGUCUAAUCAAUCAAAAACCUCCGCAUAAGACAUCCAAUGUACAACUUUUGAUGUAAUUUAUUGUAAAUGUUACUUCAUAUUAAUGUUAAGUUUUAAGAGCAUAACAAUGGUGGUACCAGAAGGUAUUUUAUUAUAAUUAUUUAAAUUGCCAAGGCACGAAACAGUUUUAUGACAUUAUACUUACCUGUUGUAUAGUAAUUUUUUUUAGACAUUUAUGUAUUCACUUAAUACCUUACUCUUAUUUAUAAUAAGGUUUAAACAUGUUAUUUGUAAAAGGAAAAAUUGUACAUUUAAUGUAAUGUAAUUAUUAUUUUAAUACCGAUAUCUGAUCUUUAGAUUUACUUUGGAAACAUUUCAAUCAUGCAAAUGAUAAGUGUAUUUGAAAAUAAAUGUUUCAAAAAGAUAUGUUUACCUAAGCAUCUUUUAUGUACAUAGUUUCUUUGUUAGAUAUUAUUUUGAUUUGCGUUCAUGUUAUUAUGAAUACAUUGCUUCAUAUCUGCAAUACCCUUAAAAAACACAUGAUAAUGGAAUUGACUGUGUUUCAGUCAGAUGGUAUACCAAAGAAAUACUGUACUAUGUGCAAAUCAAUGAUUCCCUAUUUUUAUGUUAUAAAUUAAUACGUAUACUCUGUUUAAAACGCUUAUCCCUAAAACUGAUAUGUAUGCACAUAUAUUCGCGUAAUACAUCGAAGCGUAAAUUGCUCUGUUCGACUACUCAAAUUUUAGUCUUAAGUAUUUUUAUGUUGUAUUAAAAAUAUAAGAUAUAUGAACGUCAUCAAUGUAACUAAUUUAAUAUAACAUAUUUUCUCAUUGUUCAACAUUUUCAUAUAUGUAUUAAUCUAUAAACCAAGUAUUUUUUCGAAGAUAAUUUUGUAUUAGUAAUAUUUUAGAAAUAUAACAAUGUAAUAAUAAAACACAGUUAACGCUUCUGAUGUUUACGGCGAUGUUAGAAAAUAGAUAUAACUAUAUAUUAUCAUUAUUUACAUGUUAUAUAACUUAUAUAACUUGUUAAAACUGUAUAUGCAUUCUAAAAUUACUGUGCAUAAAGUAGACAUAAGUUACUUAUUUAAAGAGAUUGUACAAUAUUGUUAUUUAUUUUCGAUUCUCUUUUUAUUCUAACAACAUAAAUUGCACAAAAUGUAGAGAAAAUAAAAUAAACUUCAUUUAAGACAGA